AUGGAAUACGCGCAAUAUCCACAACAGCAGCAAAGUACGCAUUCGGGUUACGCGGGUUCGGGCGCAAGCGCCGGUCUCACGUCGCCGACCAACCGCAGCAUCGGCCAGCACGCCGUGCACUCUUCGCCGCUCCUCAACUCGCAGCAGCAGACGCAGCAGCAACCACAGCCGAGUCAACACCAGAGCCCCGGCAUGUAUCAGCCGCAGUACGGCGUGCCCCAGCAGGGCAUGCAGCAGGUUCCCUACGGCAUGCCCGGCAUCCAGGCCGCCGCAAUGGCUGCAACGGCCGCCGCGUCCGGCUCCAACUACCCCUACAUGCACUCGGAUCCCAGCAUGUCCCAGACAUCGCCCAGGAUGGCCGGAGACGGCUCCAAGAAGGACAGCCGCCAGUCGCCGAGGAUGAACAGCAUGUCGCAAAUACCCGGGCGGCGCAUGAGCCAAGUGACCAGCCCCGGCGUGCCCAAUGCGCCGGGCAUGAUGAACCACGGCGGAGGACGGCCGGGCGUCGCCCCACCCCAGAUCCCACCCGGGCAGGCCAUGCAGCAUCCCCAGUCGCCCGACAUGCCUUCUGGCGCGGCCGAGGAGUCGCCGCUAUACGUCAACGCGAAGCAGUUUCACCGAAUCCUCAAGCGGAGAGUGGCUCGGCAGCGGCUGGAGGAACAGCUACGGCUGACGUCCAAGGGCCGGAAGCCGUACCUCCACGAGUCGCGCCACAACCACGCAAUGCGGCGGCCCCGCGGGCCCGGUGGCCGGUUCUUGACGGCCGAGGAGGUGGCGGCCAUGGAGAGAGACGGCAAGGGCGACGAUGCGAACAAGGCGGAGGGCGGAGACGCAGCCGCCGCCAGAACGGCGGACUCUGCAGGUACGAAGCGCAAGUCCGAAGCCGGCUCUGGUUCUCCUAAUAAGAAGUCGAAGACAAGCACCAAUAGCCCCGAAGACGGCGGGGACGAAGACGACGGCUGA